UCAGUGUUGUUGGACCUAAAACUUGUGCUAGAACAAUCAGCCAAGUGGGUUAGGGACAGAUAAGGAGAAAGUUGAGAUUAGAGCUGCUGAAAGGAAGAGACAUGGACCUGGACAUUUGUUGGUAUAGAUGAAAGAAUACGAACAAAAUACUUAUCUGAUUUUCUCUCUUCUUCUUCUGUUGGGGUUUGUAUAAAAAAUAAUAUGCUCAGUUCAAUUUAAAUGCUAGUUUGGGUCUUAACGCCCUGGAGCCCGUCAACUGUGAGCAUCCCAUUUCUCAUCUUUGAAUUUGAAAUCCGGUCAUAUAUCCCAAAUCUCCACUGGCAGUUUCAACUCUAAAUUAAAACCCACUACACUUACAAAUGCCAACGACACUUAGUCUCAAUUUCAACCUCAAUCUCUCUAGCCUUCGCCAAACCCGCCACUUGUUCGCGCCUCUCUUCUCUCACUCCUCCUCCUCAAGAACCCACCUCCUCUCCCUCCGCCGCAAACUCCACCGCACCCUUAACUUCUUCCCCCGCCACUUUUCCGUCGUCUCCGCUGCACCCAGUUCCACUUCUGGAGGUAGUUUUGUUUUUCUGGAGUGGAAUAGUGUUGAGAGAUUUGAUGUGAUAGUGGUUGGGGGAGGGCAUGCUGGGUGCGAAGCAGCCCUAGCGUCGGCUCGUUUGGGUGCAAAAACUCUCCUUCUUACACUAAACAUUGAUCGAAUUGCUUGGCAGCCUUGCAAUCCAGCAGUGGGCGGACCUGCAAAAUCACAGCUUGUACAUGAAGUGGAUGCACUUGGUGGUGAAAUUGGGAAGGUUGCUGAUAGGUGCUAUCUGCAAAAGCGUGUUCUUAACAUCUCAAGAGGGCCUGCUGUUCGGGCAUUGCGUGCUCAAACUGACAAAAGAGAAUAUGCUAUGCAAAUGAAAAAUAUAGUUGAGAGCACUGCAAACCUUUCUAUUAGGGAGGCAAUGGUGACAGAUCUCUUACUUGGAAGGAAUGAUAAUGUUGAAGGUGUUAGCACGUUCUUCGGGAUGAAUUUUUAUGCUUCUUCAGUUGUUCUCACCACUGGCACAUUUAUGAGUGGUAAAAUAUGGGUUGGUAGAACUUCUAUGCCUGCAGGUAGGGCUGGUGAGUCAGCUUCACAUGGGCUGACUGAAAACUUGCAACAACUUGGAUUUGAAACUGAUCGACUGAAAACUGGAACCCCAGCACGUGUGGACUGUCGUACUGUUGAUUUUUCUGGACUUGAACCACAAUAUGGAGAUGAAGAGGUCAGCUGGUUUAGUUUUGAUCCUGAUUAUCAUAUCGAAAGAGAGCAAAUGUGCUGCUAUCUAACGCGUACCACAAAAAGAACCCACCAGCUUAUAAAAGACAACUUGCAUGAGACUCCCACUUAUGGUGGAUGGGUUGAAGCAAAGGGACCUAGGUACUGCCCUUCCAUUGAAGAUAAGAUUGUUAGAUUUCAAGAUAAGGAGUCUCAUCAGAUUUUUCUUGAACCUGAGGGGCGUACUGUGCCAGAGCUCUAUGUGCAGGGGUUCUCAACCGGUUUACCUGAGAGAUUACAGUUGCCACUCUUGAGAUCUUUGCCUGGACUUGAAAACUGCUCAAUGUUAAGGCCUGCUUAUGCUGUAGAAUACGAUUUCCUGCCUGCUCAUCAAUGCUCAAGGUCUCUUAUGACAAAGAAAAUUGAGGGACUUUUCUUUUCUGGUCAGAUAAAUGGUACAACCGGCUAUGAAGAGGCUGCUGCUCAGGGCAUUAUUUCUGGUAUAAAUGCUGCUAGACAUUCAGAUGGAAAGUCUCUAAUUGUUCUUGAGAGGGAAAGUAGUUAUAUUGGGACUUUGAUUGAUGACCUGGUCACAAAGGACCUUCGAGAGCCUUACCGCAUGUUGACAAGCCGCUCUGAACACCGAUUACUUCUACGAUUCGAUAAUGCGGAUAGCCGUCUAACACCUUUGGGGCAUGAAAUUGGGUUGAUAGAUGAUAGACGCUGGAAAAUUUACCAGGAUAAGCAAGCUCGAAUAGCAGAGGAAAAAAAGCGAUUAAAAACUGUCAGGAUAUCAGGUGGAGAUUUGGCUGCUGAUGUUGCUCAAUUGUCUUGUCAGCCUGUUAAGGACUUGUCAACAUUGGAGAGCCUUUUGAAGAAACCACACAUUCAAUAUAAAGUUCUUGAUAAGCAUGGUUUUGGAAAUGAAAAGUUAGCUAGAGAGGAUAAAGAAUGCAUAGAGAUAGAUAUUAAGUAUGAGGGCUUCAUUCUGCGACAGCAGCAACAACUCCAGCAGAUGGUCCGUCAACAACAUAGGCCUCUUCCACCGGACUUGGAUUACUAUACAAUGACAACUCUGUCUCUAGAAGCACGUGAGAAACUUUCUAAGGUGAGGCCACAAACCAUUGGUCAAGCAAGUAGAGUGGGAGGAGUAAGCCCUGCUGACAUUACUGCUCUCCUUAUAAUCCUUGAAUCCAACCGAAGGAAAGCUCAUGAGCAGAGGAGGCACCAAAUGCUAGCUUCUGUCAUGGCUGAUACAAAUCAGCCGUCUGAAGUCCCUUUGACAGAGACCAUCAGCUCAUGAGAUGUUCUCUUUGAUGCAGGCUGUUUAAAAAUCCUCUUUUCUAUUUUACCGAUUCGGGAACAGAAGAAUGACUGUUGUCAUCAAAAUGGUGUAUAAGGGAAAAUUGGUGGGUGUAGACUAAACAAAAACUUAAUACGAGGGAGAUGAGUCGUUAACAUAUUUUUUAUUUAUUUCUAGACAAAAAUGACGACUCAAAAGCAUAUCUUUGUUAUUUUAAGAUAUAAUAUAUGUCAUUUUAAAAUAA